CCUCAAAAAAACAAUCCUGAAAUCAUCUCUUUUUCGUUUUGCUUGACAAGUUCAGUUUGUCUGUAUUAUGAUUAUUUAGAUAGAGUUUGAGUGAGAAUUAUUAGUUUCUGUUAAAAGCCAAAUAGUAGAAGAAUACUAAAUAAAUAACAGAAUGGCCGACGAAGAAAUUAACGGUGAUACUGAUGAUAUUCAACACGAUAAAGAUAAAACUCAAAAGAAGACUGCAAAACAUGACAGUGGAGUAGCAGACUUGGAGAAGGUUACAGACUAUGCAGAAGAGAAGGAAAUAUCUUCGCAGGAUAUAUCUGGGGCAUUGUCGUUGAUUGGUGACAGAAGAAACAAAGAGGCUGCCGAGCGUCUUGAAAAAGAGAAGGAACUACAAAAGGUUUCUGUGAAAAAGGAUGAUAUAGAAUUAAUUGUAAAGGAGUUGGAAAUAUCUCGAACAUUAGCAGAAAGGACUUUAAGAGAACACCGGGGUGAUUUGGUAGCGGCAUUAACUACUCUUACUGACUAACUGAUUACUUGAAUAUAUUAUAAGCUAUGUUCACUAACAUACUACUGUCAAAACUUAUGUGAAUAGAAUUUUCUAUCCAAAGA